CUCUCCGCACCCCUCACGUUGAUUCCCCGUCGUCCUUCAGUCGCCACAUACGAGGAAGUCCAUUCUCGCCUGGCGUACAUUUCGAAGCAACAGAAUAACCUUCAGAAAACUACCAUCAUGACUGGAGAACGACCGGUUAUCGGGAUCCUAUCCAUCGGCGAUAUGGGUGUUGGGAUCGGUCAACUCCUCAUCAGCCAUGGAUACGAAGUCGCAACAUACGCCGAAGAUCGAAGCGAACAUACCCGCGAAAGAGCCAAGUCUAGUGGCAUACAGCUUUUACCUUCAAUCCCUGGUCUUGUCUCCGCGUCGGACUGCAUUCUCUCCAUCGUCCCACCACGGGACGCGCUCGCGACAGCAAAGCGCGUUGCUGAGGCCGUACCAAGUGAAGGCAACGCGCGAGAAAAUGCGCUGUACUACCUCGACUUGAAUGCCAUCGCACCGAGCCAUGCGUUCCAGAUAGAAUCACUCCUCACUGGAAAUCCCAACAUCGUCUUCAUAGAUGGCGGUAUAAUCGGGGGGCCUCCUCAGCCGAAACCCGAUGCACCAAGAGGCUGGACAUGCCCAUCCAUCGUCGUCUCCGGACCAACCAAACUCCCUUACACCCAUCUUACCGAGGUUUUAAACAUAGACCACAUAGCCGAUACAAUCGGCCCAGCAUCCGGGCUGAAAAUGUGUUUUGCCAGCACGACGAAGGGGUUUAUCGCGAUCGCUAUCCAGUCGCUCGUCACGGCGGAGGCGAUGGGCGUGUACCCGAAGCUCCGCGAGUAUCUCUCGAAACACAACAAUGGGGGUCUGGCGAUUGCCGAUCGUGGGGUCGUGGGUAUGCCGCCGAAGGCGUAUCGGUGGGUGAAUGAGAUGCAGCAGAUUGGGAGGACGAUGGAGGAGGAGGGCGGCUUUAGUUCUGGACUAUUCGACGGCGUAGCUGAGGUGUAUCGGGUUGUUGCGGAGGAUACGGCGCUGGGACAAGAGCAGCCGGGGAGGAGGCAGAGGGGGACGACGGUUGACGACGUGGUGGCUGUGAUGAGAGAGGGAAUGAAGGCGACGAAGGAGAAGCUCGAGUGAGUAUCAUUGUGGUGAAAAGGGCAGGUACGCAGGCAUAGCUGUGAGCCCUACCUGGGUCGCGCCUUCCACGUUGGAAUACACCUAUAGACCCGAAGAAGGCAGGUGCGACCGCCGUACCUGCCCGUAUUGGACUGGCUGGGUCCAUGGGUAGCACCUUCCGCAACGGAUGGCUGUCUCUUAGUAGGGUGCGCCCAUCGUACUUUCCAUAUAUCGAGUUAUCUUUCUGUACAGGAAGGUACACUCAGAAAGGGUACACAUUCAAAGCCGACUACUAGGCCCGACGCAAUGCUUCUCUGCCAAAUCAAAUGUCUUCUGUCGACUACGAAUGGUACAAUGUAGCUGUCCUCGCCUUCCCACGGGAGCUCCCGCGGCACUAUCAAUCGGAGAAUUAAGCAGCGGCGCACCUCUAGCCGAUCGUUCGGAGGAAAGCCGAGACGGAG